AAAGGAAUUUGGUCGAUACGAAGCUCGAGCGUAGCCUGUACUUUCGUUUGUGAUUGUCACUGUGUGUCAAAGUGACAAUAGGUGGCAGAGUGAGAUCGGGUGAGAGAGAGGAAAGAAAAAUAAAAGAAGCACCAGCGACGAUUCAGUCGGAGCGAAGCAGGAUCGAUUUUUUUGUUGGGCGCUAAUCAGUAAACCGUAGCUGCAGCCGCCACCAGUGAAUCUACAGCACCGGAGGUAAAGCAAGGUGGAAGCGGACGACGAAAACAAUUCUUGGCAAAUUCAUACGGCUACGCAAACAUCCCCAAAGGGAACUCUGGGAAGCGAAAGUUGCCCGGUCGCAUCGAAGGACCUAGCGUGCGAGAAAGAGACGUCGAAGGAUCAGCGCAGCAGCAGCAGUAGUGAAUUGCUUUGACAAAAUGGACGUGUUUAUGAUGAUCCGGCGGAAGAAGACAACGAUUUUCACCGAUGCCAAAGAGACGACGCCGGUGUACGAGCUGAAGAAAAUGAUUGAAGGAAUACUCAAAGUGCCUCCCCGUGAUCAGCGACUAUACAACAAAGACAACAUGCUAAUGGACGACGAUAAAACGCUGCAGGAUUGCGGGAUCACAGUAGUCACAGCGAAAGCGCAAUGUCCCGCCCAGCUCGGUUUAGCAGUACGCGAAAACGGCGAUUUUGAAUCGCUCGAGCUGACGCCCUACUCGUUGCCCCCAGACCUGCCGGAUGUGAUGAAAAACCAGGACACCGCAAAUGGCCAAGAUCAACUCGCCUAAGAGGCCAAAGCUAGCAAUUGGGUUUUUUUUUAUUUCGUUCAUUAUUACUGUGUCUUUCUCUCUUUCCUUGCGCACACUACUUGCUAACCCGAAGCGUCCACUUUGUGUCCGUCAUACCGCGCCUGCAACCGAUGUGAACCACGCAGAAACGCUCUUACUAUCAUUUUAACACACAUUUACGUUCACUUUCUUUACUUACACAACUGGAUAGCUCAGUGGCAUCCACACCCGUUCAUUUUCCUGCAAAAGCUCAUUAAAUUUACGAACUACACUUUACCACAUUUUGUGUGAAAACCAUGUCCAGCUCUACAAGGCGGCGAAUAUCAUACUCUGCAUCUUGCAGCUACCCAAUUUUCUCUGGUGUGAUAUUGGACUUUAAACACCGGACGCCGGACGUUUUGUAGCCUCCCACGGUGUGUCCUUAUCUCAGAAAGAGAAAACAAAAUACAUAUAAUACACUGUCUGUUGUUAACCGCACGCACUUCUGAAUUCUUUAAUGAUCUAUUGCCACCGUUAAGGCGUCGAUACUAUGACAAUUGAAGUGUAAACCUUUUUUUUUUUCGAGCGGACUCUGGGAUGCUGCUGAGAUGCCUACACGUACCAUACACAGGGAUAGCAUAUAUAUAUAUACAUUUCACCUUUUGCUUCCUCUUUGGGUAAUUUUAUUCGUAUGGUUUUGAGUAAUUAAAUUAUGGAAAGGAAAUGAAGAAGUUAGGGAGAAAUCUAUAGAACUUACUGGAGUCAAACUUUUAA